UCCGCUUUAAAAAAUGCCACGGUAGAACUUGUUGAAGUUGUUCUAUCCUUGUUUAUUUUUUGUGAUCUGAUUUAGUCCCUUCGAAUGAUUGAUUGAUAAACGAUAAACAAUCGAACAUAAUGACGAACGCAUAUUCUUUUGAGGGGAUCAUCGUUUUUAGUCUGUUGGUGAUAUGCACAUGUGCAUAUAUGAGAAGAGUUCCACGACUCAAACAGUGGUUUUUAUCUGAGAAAAAGGGAUUUUUUGGUGUAUUUUACAAAGCAUCUGUGAUUGGGACUCGACUCCAUAUGCCUGUGGCUCUGACUUGUAUAUUAAUGGCCUUCUAUCUCCUGUUUCUGAGGUGAUGAAGAAUGGCCAAGUUUUGUGUGUUCUUUAUAAUUUAUCAUCGGAAACUUGAUUAAAACAGUGCUGAGAAUGAAGGAAUUGGGAAACAAUUUUCAUUUGAUCUGCAUAUUAUUUAUGUACAUAUACAGAGUGUGAAGGAAAAGGUCAUUGUAAAUAUGUCUUAUUAUGUAACUUAUAUUGUAAUUAUAUGAAUAGAUGUAACAAUGUUGCUCUCA